AUGAGAAGACAGAAUUUCAAUUCAAUGAAAAGAUUAAAUUACUCGUCGCGAUUGCAAUAUUUGAAGAUACUAGUAAUAAUUCCUCUAGUGCUCUUACUUAUUAACGUUUCGUUGAUCAGGAUAACCGACGCGGUGAAAUGCGUAAAUUGGGCAGAUUUGGUGAUCCCCAUUGGCGGAGACGGCACGUUCCUCCUAGCCUCCAAGUUGAUCAAAGACAACACAAAGCCUGUGUUCGGUAUCAAUCCCAGUGUCUCCGGCGGAACUAGCAUUUUUACGCUUCCAUCCAAGUACGCAGUGGAUAUCGAGGGCAUAUUUGAAAAACUCCAUUCAGGAGAAUACACGUUAUUGAUGCGGAGUCGCAUACGAACUGUAAUGAAUGGGGAGGGACUUUACAGACGACCUUUUCACAUACACGAGAAGGGUCGUAAACAAGGAGAGAGAAGAGUCGAAGCUCUUAUACGAUCGACGCAGAGCAAAAUAGCAGACGCUCUUCAGCCACGUCAAAGAACUUUGCCUUGGUUAGCACUGAACGAAGUAUUCAUGGGAGAAUUUUUGGCAGCGAGACCGAUAACGUUGGUUGUCCAAGUCGAAGAUCAGGAGUCGCAUACGAUCCGAUCUUCGGGUAUAUGCGUGUGCACUGGCUCGGGCUCGCGGUCCUGGUACAAAUCUAUGAACCAUCGACCCCCAGAUACCGUUCAGAAAAUCGUUGAACUAGCCACGGGUAAGAAAUUGAACCAAGAGGAAACCAGCGAUUUAUUGGUCAAAUACCACCGAGCACUCUUGUACCCUCCAGAAGAUCCACGAAUGACGUACAUGAUACGCGAGAUAAUUCGUGCGUCGCGUUCCACGGGGUGUUGUCCAGAUUCACGAAAGUGCAAAAAACUGACAGUGAAAUCCUGCGGCUUUGACGCUGGCCUGAUAAUAGACGGAAGCAUUUCUUUGCCGUUCAACGAUGGAACGUCCGCCUCUUUCCAGAUCAAACCUGAGGACUCUCUUAAGCAAAUCGUUGUAACGUAAUACCUACUCGUUCAGUACUAGCGAUACUAAGAUGGAAUUCUUCAAACAAAAUGAAAAUAUUAUCAACAAAAUUCUAGUUCAGGUAUAUUUUAAAGUACUAGUGUAUGUAUUCUUGUUCUUUGUUUAUGAGUGCAUUGUAAGAAAUGCUUGUGUGGGAACGAACGUUAUCGGUUUCUUGAAGUGUUCAUUUUCAAAGAGUAUUUAUUUAAUCAAUUCCUUUACGUUCGAUCAUGACUCUACAAUAGGAAGGAAGUAAUUCAAUAUACGUAUUAAAAAAAUUCCUUUCAGUCAAACUCAUAAGUAUUCAUACCCUCUUUAUCUAUUAAAGAAGUUUGUCUAAAUUAAAUAAUAGGCUUGAUGUUUCUAAAUAAAUUAUUUCACAUUUUUGAGAAAAUCUUCCGCAAUAAAAUUGUGUACAUUUCUUUCAAUAAAAAAAAAAUAAUAAUAAUAAUUAAAAAAGCAAUACUCCCUUUAAUAAACAGAAUCGGACAAAUUCCACACUCGAACUCUCUCCUCAUAAACUAUUCACACUCCGAAUUCGACGACCAUACCGUAUAUCUUAUCGUUGCUUCGAGACUUGUCUGGCCAGUUGAUGCGCAAUUCUUCUUUCAUGAAAAAUGCGAGAACCAAGGGGCAGCAUUUUCUUGCGCAAUCUCCCAAGUUCCAGCGUCGAUACAGUAGGAUUUCUUAUUUAUCCCUGAUGGAGAGGGCGCGAGGCAAAGUAAGAAAUAAUUGCGCGCGUUUGUUCCGAAAAUGAAAGUAGUCAAGGGCGAAAAGAUACGAGGGGCCGCUUAUUCGGUAGCAAAGGGCAACUUGCGCUCUCUUUCUGCGAUAACUGAGAGGGUGGGUUACCUUUCCAGCUCAGUUUCCCGUUUUCUUGCAAGGAGGGCAGCUACGUCCAGACUUCCAUUAACCCCGUAAUUUCGGUUUCGGCUGAACCGCAGACACGCCGACCUUCGAGAUCAGGUGUUUAUGCGAGAUAGUUGUGUUGGAAUAUACAAGCGGAGAUACUCGCGCGUUCUACGAUAUGUACAGGGUGGUUUGCUUAUUGCGAUGCUCAAAUUUACACUUCGUGAUUUAGAAUCAUAGACAGAGGUAAUGAAACUUCGUUGCAGUAAAUGUUAGAGUAUUCAGAAAAAUAAUUUGUAAUUUUAGGCUUUUUGGUUCGUGUAGGAACUAUAGAUACUUGCUGAUGGAAGAUUAGUUUCGCUUGUAAUUGGCUUCAAUUUAGCGUCAAUUAAACGUAGAACACAGAACUCGACGACGCACCCUAUGUAUAUAAUGUUGCUCGAGGUCUCUAGCUAAGUGCACUGUUUUCGUACUCCACUGAGCAC